AUGAAGUACCGUUAUCCUCUCAAACUGUUAUACCUCUUUGUAUGCAUAAUGCGAGGGUCCACGGUACUAGCUCCGCAAAAGUCUCAGCCAAAAGCCACAAUUAAUUGCUGGAGCAGAAUGGUCAUGGAGGUGCGCGUGCGUGGCCUGGAGGGCCCGAAGGAGGACGAGCCGCAGGAGCUGCCAGACGAGUCGCAGAUCGUGGUGGUGACGCCCGGCCAGGUGAUCAGCACCGACACGGGCGCGUUCCUGCGCGGCCACGGCACGUACCUGAGCGGCCGCAACGAGCUGGUGGCCAGCGUGGCCGGCGUCGUGGAGAAGGUGAACCAGCUCAUCACGGUGCGGCCGCUCGUGUCCCGCUACAUCGGCGAGGUGGGUGACAUCGUGGUGGGCCGCGUGACCGACGUGGCCAACAAGCGCUGGAAGGUGGACGUGAACGGCCAGCAGGACGCCAGCCUCAUGCUCAGCUCCGUGACGCUGCCCGGCGGGGCCCAGCGCCGGCGCACGUACGCCGACCAGCUGCAGAUGCGGGCCUUCUUCGUGGAGAACGACCUCAUCUCGACCGAGAUCCAGGAGGUCCGCUACGACGGCUCGCUGAGCCUGCACACGCGCAGUCUGCGCUACGGCAAGCUCGAGAACGGCCAGUUCGUGGCCGUGGCGGCCCCGCUGGUCAAGCGCAUGAAGCAGCACAUGGUCACGCUCCCGGGUCUCGGGAUCGACGUGAUCCUGGGCACCAACGGGUACAUAUGGGUGUCGCGCAGCAUGGCCGCGCUCGGAGGCGACGACGCAGAGGACACGAGCAGCAGCAUGGAGACCCGCGUGGAGGUGCUCACGGCCAAGAGGCAGCUGCACGCGUCCACGCCCAUGAGCGUGGAGGACCGCCGCAAGAUCGCGCGCGUCUCGCAGGCGCUGCUGAAACUCAACGAGCAGUUCCGAUUGAUCACGCCCGAGAGCAUCAUGGCCACGUACGAGCUGUUGGAGUCCCAGGGACGGUAG